UCGGCUGGUGCUCGGGUCGGUUCUUUUCGGCGCUCCGCGUGUCGUACGUUCAAAAAAACUGUUCGCUAAUCGCCCCUCGAGAGGGCCAUUAUUUACCAUUGCCGUGACGGUGGCCAAUUGCACCGUAGCGCCUACGAAUACCUCGUUACUUUUCAAAAGCUGAGAGCCAAGAGUACACAAGAAGAAAAAGACGAACAAGUACUUACUAGCACCGGUGUUUUCUUAUUAUUUUCAUCAUCCAUUGCUUAGCCACGCGCUGUCGUUGCAUUCAGGGCCACACUCGCACUUACUACUUUAUUUAUGUGUAUAAUAUAACCCAAGAGUAUAGCGGGGGUACGUGAAAAUAGACGUGGGUCUGCUACCGUGUUGCCGGUACACGUGCUAUAUCCAAGUAGAUAUAUAUAUAUACACGUAUAAACGUGCAUGAGUAAGUCUGGACACGGAGCAGCGGUGAUAUGGCCCCGAGAGACGAGAGGCGGCCCUCGGGGCCGGACAUUCUUAAACACCCGCGGGUAUAGUGGUGGUGGCACAGAGGCGCCCGAGUCCUGCAUCAACAUCGGAAUUAGUUGUCAAACUGGUAGAGCAAAAGUCGUUUUCGGGGAGCCAUCGGGACGACGAGAGCCUCGGCCGGGAGUCAACGGCAAGGCCAAGUGCUCACCGCCACCGGAGGCGAAGAGCAACAACGGGCCAGUUGCGACGCAAAAAGGGGAAGAGGCGCGAUGCUGCCGACAAGCAGCGGCUGGCAGCAGCAGCAGCGUAGAGGAGGCAAGGCCGGCUAAUCCCCCCAAACCCAAACAGCGAGAAGUGGUGCAGGGCCAUCAUCGGGAUCGGCACAUGGAGGGCGUGAUGAAGCUGGCCGCAAGGGCCCUCCGACUGAAGGAGCGCUUGAUCCUCGCGUUGGCCGGCUUGGCCAUCGUCUGUACGUUUCUCCUGGUGAUGGAUCUGCAAUUGGAUCUGGGCUACAGCGGGCACCAUCUACUGCCCAGUCACGGGAGGUACAGGAUGGCCGAGGACCCGCAACGCGACACCGUUUACAACAACUUCAGGCGUAAAUUCAUGCCACGAGCGCAAGGGAGCAGGGAAGCUUACGCGGCGACGGAUCAGCCGCAGGAGGAGUCGACGAGCGCCGCGGGCCAUAAGACUUCCCAGCUCGCCACGGAAGCACCGCACGACGACUUUGCCGAUCUGGUGGCCAGCGUGAAAAAAAUCGGGGCAGUGGUCAGGACCAGCGAGGAGGACGAGCGGGAUAACCCGAGCAUCGCCGACCUCAAGGAUUUUAAGAUGGGAAAAAACAGCACGAUAUUGGAAAGGUUUCACUCGCGGAUCCGCAAACGGGAGCUGUACAGGGAGGAGGACUUGCCGCUGGUCGAGGAGCUCCUGGAUUACAUGGCCACCCAGCCGAUCGUCCACGCCUCUGAAAAGUCUGGCGGGACGCAGCUCAAACUCGUCAUGGACUAUCCGAACAAGAUGCAAGCUCUGUUCAAGCCAAUGAGAUUUCCACGCGACACGCAGACCCUUCCAAAUCACUUUUACUUCACGGACUUUGAGCGCCAUCACGCCGAAAUCGCGGCGUUUCAUUUGGAUAGGUUGCUGGGUUUCCGGCGUGGUAUGCCAGUGACGGGCCGGAAGCUCAACAUAACGGCAGAGAUCUAUCAGGUGACGGACGGGGACAUUCUAAAGACGUUCUUCGUUAGUCCGGCGGGUAACUUGUGCUUUCACGGCAAGUGCACGUACUACUGCGACACGAGCCACGCAAUAUGCGGCGAUCCGGACACGCUGGAGGGCAGCUUCGCCGCUUUCCUGCCUGACAAAAAGUUGAUACCGAGAAAAAUCUGGCGGCAUCCCUGGCGACGGAGCUACCACAAGCGCAACAAGGCCGCGUGGGAAACCGACUCGGACUACUGCGCGAGCGUGAAGAAGCAUCCGCCUUACGAUGAGGGCCGGCGCCUGUUGGAUCUGAUAGACAUGUCGGUCUUUGACUUUCUCACCGGCAACAUGGACCGCCACCACUACGAGACCUUCAAGAUCUUUGGCAACGACACCUUUACCCUCCACCUCGACAACGGCCGUGGCUUCGGCAAGCCCUACCAAGACGAGAUCAGCUGUUUGUCGCCCUUGCUGCAAUGUUGCAUGAUUCGCCAGAGUACCCUAGCCACGCUCUUGAGGUAUCACAACGGACCGGUAAGACUGAGCAACGCGAUGCGAGAGAGCUUAGCCAAGGACCCUGUGGCCCCGGUGCUGUGGGAGCCACAUUUGGAGGCGCUCGAUCGCCGUAUCCCCAUAAUUCUCGAAGCUGUGCGGAAAUGCAUCGAACGCCACUCGCUGCACUGGUAUAAUGGCGUCGUCAAAGACGAGAAGAGCGAACAAGAGGAGCAGCAGCAGCAACAGAGCGAUGUAGAAGCAGCCAACGAGUGAUUACUUUUUGAUUACAACUCUUCGUGUCCAUCUGUAAAUGUUGCUUCUUUUUUCCAAUCCGUGUAUUCGGUUGUGUAAUUUUUUUUUGUUUUACUAUUGUACUGACCAAACAAUUGUUUUACAAAAACUCGGAUUUUUUUGACUCUAUCUAGAUAGAAUGUAUACAGAAUAAACCAAAGCAAGAUCGUACAGAGGAUCAAAUUGUGAGAGAAAUAAGUAGUGUGCAAUGAUAAAGAUGAUGAUGACUGAAAUGCCUGUCAAAGUGUAAGACGAAAGACGCGAUAAGUAUAAAAGGAUGUAGACAAACGCCUAUGUGCAUGUGCUGCACAAAGCACUUAUUAUCAAUGUGAUGUUUACAGUUGUAAAAUAUUGUACAUAUUUAAUAGUCGAUAUAUCAUGUAAAAUGUUCAAUGUAAAAUUGAUAAUUUGUAAGUGUCAGUUAUAAAUUGUACAUAAAAGUGCGUAUAAAGUACAAUAUACAAUGUUCCUUGUGGAUAUAAUGAUAUCAGAGAA